UAUCUUAUAAUCAUCAGAUAAUAUGACUAAACAUACGAUACAAAUAUUUGAAACUUGAUCAUUUUACCUGAAAACCAAUAAAAAACAUACACAUUGAACAAACAUGGUUAAAAUCCAAUUACAGAUGACCUUCAUUAAUGAACUUUAUAGCAUAAAUGUAUUGUGUGAGUAAUUGACCAUUACUAUUUUUAUACGUCAAAAGCAUAAUACUAUUCAAUAGUAUUGCCGGUUAACACACAAGUGAUAUAAUUGGCAUCAAAUCAGACUAUUUUUCAUAAAUUGGUUAUAAUUUCAAUUCAAAUGAUAUCCGAAGCGAUGGACGAAACACCGAUGGACCUAUCGUUGAAGACAUGCGCUCCGGGAGUGGCGGCGGCUAAACCUCGAUCGAAGCGGGCGGUGGCGCACAGGUGUGCGCCCAAACGCGGAGGCGCUGGUGACGGCCCGUCGACCGCACCCUCACUGAUGGCAAACUCGGGUCAACUCCGACGAGACAUUCAGGCGGUGUUGACGACCAGUGCCACGGCUUGGAGCGCAUCCAAGUUUCGGUGGCGAUCCGAUCCCGAAGUGGUGGCCAACUCUCUGAAGGGCAUGAGUUUCACGUUCGCCGGCACUCUGGAGAGCCUGACGCCCGCCGACGCCAUCGAAAUGGUCGAGUGCUGUGGCGGACGUGUGUUCAAGACGUUGGCCGCCAAGAGUCAGUAUUUGGUGACCGGUUUGGGCGCCAGCCAUACGAUGAUCACCGACGCCAAGAAGGAGCGCAAGACUCUUCUCAAUGAGAAAGAGUUCUUGGAUUUAGUCAAAGAGAAGGGAAGGAAAAUGAAGACAUUGAUUAAGAUGUGUCGACAGCACAGGUAUAGUACGGAUCCCGACUCUACCGAUGACACCAGCAAUGAGGAAGGCAUCUAACCGUUGGAUCUAACCAUCAAAUAUGUAUCAAUUGUCGGCUGAUUUGGUUUUGUAUCUAAAAGUAUUAACUAUUAUUUUUUGAUGAUUAUUGACAGACAUCUAGU